AUCACGUGGUUUCUACUCGUCAAAUAUAAUUCCUUAUUCAUUCUGUUUAUCUCAUUUUUAUAAUCAUUUAUUAUUGGUUUAUGAAUAUAAUUUUUAAAUUAAACAAUUUUUACAAAAAUAAACAAAAUAAAAAAAAGAAUUCUUGCAUAUAUAUCUAUAUGUGCUUGACACGUGCGUGCGGAUGUUGUGUGUGUUGUAUGUGUGUGUUAUUUGAAUUGUAAGAAAAAUAUAUAAACAAAAAAAGAGAAAUUAAAAUAUAUUCUUAUUAAAAAUCAAAGAAACCAAAAUUAAAGAAAGUGUAAAGUUAUGAAAGUGCUUUAACACAUUGCUUUUAUAAUAACAACAAUUACUACUGUUUUGUAAGAAUUUGGUGAAAAAUUAUAGCGCUCAAUAUAUUUAAAAAAUGGACAAUAAUAAGAUAUCAUGCAUGGAUGCUCCAUUUUCGUUACCUUCAUCAAAGAAAGAACAACAUGAAUUGGUAGAGAAAGCAAUUGAUUGGGCGCUUAUGCAUGGAAUGUGUAUGAGAUCAAAGAUCAAUUUUAAUAGAAAUAUGUUACAAUUUGCACCAUUUAUUCUAUUACCAUCGCCAUUUCCUAGACAAGAAUUUGAAAAAGCCUGUCAUAUUCAACCAAUAUUAAAUCUACUUAUACACGAAGUAGCACAUGAUUAUAAUUUUUUAAAAGAUACUUUAAAAGAAACGAUAAAAGUUGAUCAUUUUACUAGAAUGCUUUUCAAUAUAUAUGAAACCAUCUAUGAGGAAGGAAUUACACAGAAAAUUUCUCUGGGUCUACUUCGAUCAGAUUUAAUGUUAGAUACUAGUUGUUCAGAAGGAAACGAAUAUAAAAAAUAUAUACCCUAUUGUUGUUGGAAACAAGUAGAGAUAAAUACAAUAGCUUCUGGAUUUGGAUGGUUGGGACAAGCAUCUACUAAGUUACAUAGAUUUGUAUUACAAGAACUUGGAUAUAAUGAUCAGUUAAAUAAUCUUCCUGAAAAUAAUGUAUUGCAAGAGUUAUGCUCAGCUAUGAUCAAAGCGUGGACAUUAUAUGGAGAUUCACAAGCUAUUAUUUUAUUUAUUGUUGAAGACAUUUCUUACAAUAUAUGUGAUCAACGUUUUCAUGAAUUUGAAAUAAGAAAGCAAAACCCUAAUAUUAAAGUAAUUCGACGUACUCUAACUGAAAUGAUUACUACUGCCAAAUUAGGGUCUAAUAAGGAAUUAAUAGUGGAUGAUUAUAUUGUAGCAGUAGUUUAUUAUAGAUGUGGUUAUGAACCUGGACAAUAUCAUACAAAAAAAGAAUGGGAUGUUAGAUUAUUAAUAGAAAGAUCUUUAGCAAUUAAAUGUCCAUCUAUACAAUAUCAUUUAGCAGGAACCAAAAAAGUUCAACAGGCUUUAGCUAAAUCUGGAAAUGUUGCGAAAUUUUUGAAAGAUGAGAAUAAUGUUACAAAUAUUAAAAAAAUAUUCACUGGCUUAUAUGCUCUUGAUUUUGAUAAUCAUGGAGAUGAAGCUAUAGAAAUGGGUAUUCAAAAUCCUGAACAAUUCGUAUUAAAACCACAAAGAGAAGGUGGAUCUAAUAACGUGUAUGGAACGGAUAUAAAAAAGUUCUUGUUAGAUAUUAAGGAUAAACAAGAACGUGUAGCAUGGAUUCUUAUGGAUAAAAUUAUUCCACCGAAUCAAUUAAAUUAUAUGAUUAGACCAGAGAGUGAUAAUUAUUUACAACCAAAAGAAUUAGUUUCAGAAUUGGGAAUUUUUGGUGUUAUUAUUGCCGAUUAUAAAAAUAUAUAUGUUAAUAAACAGGCUGGUCAUAUGUUAAGAACUAAAUUAGCUACUGCCAAUGAAGGUGGAGUAGCAGCUGGUUUAGGUGCAUGUGACAGUCCUUUUUUAGUAGAUUAAUGUACUUUUGAUGAUUAUCAUUUUAUACUAAUAAUAGGAUAUAAGUAAUAUAUGUUUUCUACGUUAUUAUAAAAAUUGA